CCUCCCCAGAAAACCCACCUUAGAGCCGACCCCUCAAAAACCCAAAACCCCUUCUUUUUAUCAAGCAAGUUGACGGCGGCGGUUCCGUUGACGGCGGUUUUCGUUGGCGUUGGCGAUUUCAGCGACAGAAGCAGUUAACUUUGAUUUCUAGUGGCGGCGGCGGCGGCGGUCCGAUUUCAGCUGGCGGCGUUUUGAUUUCAGUGACCAAUGGCUACGCUUGGGCAGUCUCCAAGAAUUGACUUCUUACAGUGGAAGGGUACAAGAAGAAAUAGGACUAUUUACCUUAGAAAUUUUCAUCAAAGAAGAUGCCAAAAUAUUUCUCGAAGCUUCAGCCCUGGACAACUCCCCAGGAUAUCUAUUGAUAACUCCAUAUUGAAACUCCCUCUUUUAUCAUGCGCAAGAGCUGUGGCCUCAAAGGGCUCACAGAGUGCAUUGGCUGUAGAACACAAGUCAUUCAAUGAGAUCAUACACUUCUAUCGCCUCCCUCUGCUUCAAGAGAGUGCUGCUGCCGAGCUUCUGAAGCAAGUGCAAGCCAAGAUUUCUUGUGAUAUUAUCGAUAUAAAGACCGAACAAUGCUUCAAUAUCGGAGUAGGUUGCGUCUUAUCCAAUGAGAAACUUGGUAUUCUCAAGUGGCUUCUGCAGGAAACUUACGAGCCAGAGAACUUACAAAAUGUGAGUUUUUUGGAAAAAAUUUCAAGUGGAUCAGCUGUAUUGGUUGAGGUGGGGCCUAGGAUGUCUUUUACGACAGCAUGGUCAGCAAAUGCUGUAUCAAUUUGCCAAGCUUGUAAUUUAACAGAAAUAACCCGGAUGGAGAGAUCUAGACGGUAUCUUUUACAACUGAGGCCAGGAAGCAACCCGUUGGAGGAGAGUCAGGUUAAAGACUUUGUUGCCAUGGUUCAUGAUAGAAUGACAGAGUGUCUUUAUCCUUCCAAGUUGAAAUCUUUUGAGAUCAAUACUGUUCCAGAGGCUGUUACCGUGGUUCCGAUCAUAGAGAGAGGAAGAGAGGCACUAGAAGAAAUUAACACUAAAAUGGGUCUAGCAUUUGAUGAACAAGACAUCCAAUACUAUACCAGACUCUUCAAAGAUGAUAUUAAGAGAAAUCCAACUACUGUUGAGCUUUUCGACAUUGCUCAGUCGAAUAGUGAGCACAGCCGCCAUUGGUUUUUCAACGGCAAACUUGUGAUAGAUGGAGAAGAUAUGAGCAAUACUUUGUUCCAGAUUGUGAAGAGUACUCUGAAAGCCAACCCGAAUAAUUCAGUCAUCGGAUUUAAAGAUAACUCGAGUGCAAUCAAGGGAUUCACUGUAAAUUCAUUGCGUCCAUUAUUACCUGGAUUGGUCUCCCCUUUACUUAGUUCAGUUCGUGAGCUUGAUGUGUUGCUUACAGCUGAAACACAUAAUUUUCCAUGUGCAGUUGCUCCUUACCCUGGAGCUGAAACUGGUGCUGGAGGUAGAAUUAGAGACACUCAUGCAACUGGAAGAGGUUCUUUUGUGGUUGCUUCAACUGCUGGUUAUUGUGUCGGGAAUCUUCAGAUUGAAGAUUCAAGUGCUCCAUGGGAAGAUUCCUCUUUUGCUUACCCGUCAAACUUGGCUCCUCCUCUUCAGAUUCUAAUAGAUGCAAGUGAUGGAGCAUCAGACUAUGGCAACAAAUUUGGAGAGCCUUUAAUUCAAGGGUAUACAAGGACAUUUGGAUUGAGGCUCCCAAAUGGAGAGCGGCGAGAAUGGUUAAAACCAAUUAUGUUCAGUGGCGGAAUUGGGCAAAUCGAUCACGCUCAUAUUAAAAAAGGUGAACCGGAGGUUGGAAUGCUAGUUGUGAAGAUUGGAGGUCCAGCUUAUAGAAUCGGCAUGGGAGGUGGAGCUGCUUCAAGCAUGGUUAGUGGACAAAAUGAUGCAGAGCUCGACUUUAAUGCUGUUCAAAGAGGGGAUGCGGAGAUGGCACAAAAGCUCUAUAGAGUUGUUCGUGCUUGUGUUGAAAUGGGGGAGACAAAUCCUAUUAUUAGCAUUCAUGAUCAAGGAGCCGGAGGCAAUUGCAAUGUCGUGAAGGAGAUUAUUUACCCGAAGGGAGCUGAAAUUGAUAUUCGGGCUAUAGUAGUUGGAGAUCAUACGAUGUCGGUUUUAGAGAUAUGGGGUGCUGAGUACCAAGAACAGGACGCUUUAUUAGUGAAGCCUGAAAGCCGGGAGUUACUGGAGUCAAUAUGUGAAAGAGAAAGGGUUUCGAUGGCAGUUAUUGGUACUAUUAGCGGCAGUGGACGAGUUGUAUUGGUUGAUAGUUCAGCCACUGAACAUUCUUCUCCUGUGGAGGAUCUUGAACUAGAAAAAGUACUUGGAGACAUGCCUCAAAAAGUUUUCGAAUUCAAACGAAUGCCACAAGUACAUCAACCUCUUGAUAUUGCCCCUGGAGUUACCUUUAUGGAUUCAUUGAAGAGGGUAUUGAGACUUCCCUCAGUUUGCUCGAAGCGAUUCUUGACGACUAAAGUAGAUAGAUGUGUAACUGGUUUAGUAGCACAACAACAGACGGUUGGUCCAUUGCAACUUCCACUUUCAGAUGUUGCUGUUAUCGCCCAGACUUAUACUGACCUAACUGGCGGUGCUUGUGCAAUUGGUGAACAGCCCAUAAAGGGUUUAUUAAACCCAAAGUCAAUGGCGAGAUUGGCUGUUGGUGAAGCAUUGACAAACUUGGUUUGGGCGAAAGUUACAUCACUUGGUGAUGUUAAAGCCAGCGGAAACUGGAUGUAUGCUGCUAAGCUCGAUGGAGAAGGAGCAGAUAUGUAUGAUGCUGCAGUUGCUUUAUCAGAGUCCAUGAUUGAAUUGGGUAUUGCUAUAGAUGGGGGAAAAGAUAGUCUCUCAAUGGCAGCUCAUGUUGCUGGUGAAGUCGUCAAGGCUCCUGGAAAUUUGGUCAUUAGCGCAUAUGUUACUUGUCCUGAUAUAACACUGACGGUAACUCCAGACUUGAAGCUAGGAGAUAAUGGUGUUCUGCUUCAUAUUGAUCUUAGUAAAGGAAAACGAAGGUUGGGUGGUUCAGCUCUUGCUCAGGCUUUUGGUCAAGUUGGCAAUGAAUCUCCUGAUCUGAAUGAUGUGGCUUACUUAAAGAAAGUGUUUGAUACUAUUCAGGAGUUGCUUGGCGAAAAACUAAUUUCUGCUGGCCAUGAUAUAAGUGAUGGUGGAAUCAUUGUUACUGUUCUUGAAAUGGCAUUUGCUGGAAAUUGUGGCGUGCAGUUGAACAUGAGCACGAGGGGUUAUAGUCUUAUUGAAACUCUCUUCGCCGAAGAGCUUGGUCUUGUUCUUGAGGUCAGUUCGGAAAAUCUCGAUCAAGUUAAUCAAAAGCUUCAAUCAUCCGAGAUUUCAGCUGAUAUCAUUGGGAAAGUUACUUCAUUGCCGCUUAUAGAAUUAUCAGUUGAUGGAACACAACAGUUGAAGGAGGAAACAUCUUAUCUUAGGGAUUUAUGGGAGGAAACUAGUUUUCAGCUGGAAGGGCUCCAAAGGCUAGCUUCCUGCGUAAAGUCGGAGAAAGAAGGAUUGAAGAGUAGAGUAACACCUUCAUGGGAGCUAUCUUUCACUCCCAAGGUUACCGAUACAAAAAUUAUGGCUUCAAAUGUGAAACCAAAAGUAGCUAUAAUUCGUGAAGAAGGGAGUAACGGUGAUAGAGAAAUGUCUGCAGCAUUUUAUGCUGCAGGAUUUGAACCUUGGGAUAUAACAAUGUCUGAUCUUCUUAAUGGCCGUGCUUCUUUAAAUGAAUUUCGUGGGAUUGCUUUUGUUGGAGGCUUUAGCUAUGCAGAUGUACUCGAUUCAGCUAAAGGUUGGUCUGCAUCAAUAAGAUUCAACAAGCCUCUCCUUAGUCAAUUUCGAGAGUUUUACAACCGACCCGAUACUUUUAGUCUUGGAGUUUGCAAUGGUUGUCAACUUAUGGCUUUACUUGGAUGGGUUCCUGGAGCUAAUAUCGAAGAUAUUAAACAGCCGAGGUUUAUUCACAAUGAAUCAGGCCGCUUUGAGUGUCGGUUUACAAGUGUUAAAAUAGGUGAUUCUCCUGCUAUUAUGUUUAAAGGUAUGGAAGGUAGUUCAUUAGGUGUUUGGUCUGCUCAUGGUGAAGGUCGUGCAUAUUUCCCCGAUGAUGAUGUUAAAAAUGGAAUUCUUGAGUCUAAUUUGGCCCCUUUGAGAUAUUGCGAUGAUGGUGGAAAUAUAACUGAGAAUUAUCCCUUCAAUCCGAAUGGUUCUCCUUUGGGGGUUGCAGCCCUUUGUUCUCCUGAUGGGAGGCAUCUCGCUAUGAUGCCACAUCCAGAACGAUGUUUCAUGAUGUGGCAGUUUCCUUGGUAUCCGAAGGAAUGGGAAGUUGAUAAGAAAGGUCCGAGUCCAUGGCUUCGGAUGUUUCAGAAUGCUCGGGAGUGGUGUUCUUGAGACAGAUUCUCAAAGACAAGUAUUUUUCAGUUGCAGAGUUGUAUCUGAAGUGUGAUGAAAUAACUUGUUUCCUCCAAGCGCUUUCCUUGGCUUGAUCUUUUCACAACGAAAUUUUGCGAGGAAUUUUCAAGAAAUAACAGUUGAAAGAGAUUCGCUUAUGUAAUUUUAUCAGUUAGGUAGGCAGUGGGAAAAUGUAAUCUCUGUCAGUCAAUUGGAUUUGGGGCAACAUUAUUUUGCUUAAUUUUCUCUUUUGACUGUCCUGUGCAAGUAUUUUGAUCAUUAAGUUUCGUUAAAUGUCUAUGCUUUGUUAUUGAUGGAUUACAUACAAUGACUCAAAUAAAUUACAUAUAAACAUGUAAAUCUCUUGUUUA